GGCGGACAUUCAAUUCACGAGAGUAAGAAGAAGUAACAUGAAAUCAAUGGAGAAGACUCAUAAACUACUAACAAGCAAACAAGUUGCUUCGUCCGCAAGAAAAGAAAUCAAACGAAGAAAAACAGAGUUUGAGAAGAUUCAUAUACCUAACGAUAUCGUCGAAGAAAUCCUGGUGAUGCUUCCGGUGAAAACGCUCAUCAGAUUUCAAACUGUGUCAAAACACUGGAGAUAUCUUAUCAUGUCGAAGGAUUUCGGAGAAAGAUACAUGGCUCUUGAGCAAAGCAAAGAGUGCAAACUUCUUCUUGUCUCUAACUAUUUUGUAGAUAGAGUGGCAAAGGAAACCAAUUUCUCUUUAAAAACAGUUGCCUUGGAGCCGACGUCAGCUUCUGUGGUAGAUGAGAAGGCUUUAAAAUUUGAAAUAACUGAAUGGAAUCUCUAUAUUUCAGAGAGCUGCGAUGGCCUUGUCUGCUUAUAUGCCGUUGACAUAGCAGUAAAAGUGGUCGAUCCUGAUUCAGUUCAAGAUCCAAAUCCUGUUAAGUAUCGAGGACUGUCAUUUUCUCAGUUUGGAUUUGGGAAAGAUAGCGUUACGGGGAGAUAUAAACUAGGGCCAGUGUUUGCAGACGGAUCAAUCUACUGGCUCACGGGAGAUGAAGAUGGAGAUCCAAAAUCAUCAGAUACCAAACUCAUAGUUUUUGAUAUUCACACAGAGAUGUUUCAAGUCAUUCAAACCCCACCUUUUAUUACCUCCGAUUGUUAUGGUGAUCGCAUUGUUCUAUGCAAUCUCCAUGGCCGUCUCUGCAUCUCUGAGUGGACUGGAGAUAAGCAAGAAAGUUGGUGGAGGGUUAAAGACAACACAUGGGAAAAGAUCUUCUCCGUUCACUUGCCUUCCACUUCCAGUUACUCCACUUUGUUUGGUACUACUCAUGACAUUCCGCACCCUCCUCUCACACCUUUGGCCAUUUGUAGGGACACCAAUAAGGUUAUCCUCGUGCUUCGCGAUGAAGAUAACCUCGUCGCUCUCGAUCUUAAUCCUCAUUCUACAGGGAGGCUUAGCUAUUUCAGCUUAGUUGAAUAUGGCCCUGUCCAAAGACUUAUUGCAGUUGAUUAUUCUCUUCCACGCAAAGAAGAAGAUCUAAAGAUGUCGUCAUCAUCAUAUAACACAAGCGUUAUUCCUUCAUCAUCAUCCUCUGCUCAGCCUUUCUUCAUCACCAGCUCCGGCGCCGGAGAUAACGACUUUAACCGGAAAGAUACUUUUAUGUCAAUGAUUCAACAACCUAACUCCUCAGCUCCACCACCCAAGAAACGAAGAAACCAACCCGGAAACCCAAAUCCUGAUGCGGAAGUGGUAGCAUUAUCUCCAAAGACACUAAUGGCUACAAACAGAUUCAUAUGCGAUGUAUGUAACAAAGGAUUUCAAAGAGAACAAAAUUUACAGCUUCACCGGAGAGGACACAAUCUCCCAUGGAAGCUGAAACAGAAGUCAACCAAAGAAGUGAAGAGGAAAGUAUAUCUUUGUCCGGAGCCCACGUGCGUUCACCAUGACCCGUCACGUGCUCUCGGAGACCUCACCGGAAUCAAGAAGCAUUAUUACCGUAAACAUGGCGAAAAGAAGUGGAAAUGUGAAAAAUGUUCUAAGCGUUACGCUGUUCAGUCAGAUUGGAAGGCUCACUCUAAGACUUGUGGUACUAAAGAAUAUCGAUGUGACUGUGGUACCAUCUUCUCUAGACGUGAUAGUUACAUCACACAUAGGGCUUUCUGCGAUGCAUUGAUACAAGAGACUGCAAGAAACCCUACCGUGAGCUUUACGUCAAUGGCAGCUGCUAGUAGCGGUGUCGGCUCUGGCGGAAUCUACGGUAGACUUGGCGGUGGCAGCGCUCUCUCACACCACCAUUUAAGUGACCAUCCGAAUUCUGGAUUUUCCUCUCUGGGGGGUUACAAUCUGAACAUUGCAACUUCUGAAAAUAGGAGAGACUUUCUUCCGCAAUCGUCAAACCCUAACUUCCUAAUCCAAUGCGCUUCGAGCCAAGGAAUGUUGACUACAACGCCAAACAACAAUGAUCAGAGUUUCAUGAACCAGCAUGGUCUGAUACAGUUUGAUCCAGUCGACAACAUCAACCUCAAGAAUAGCAGCACCAACAACAGCUUCUUCAACCUCGGAUUCUUUCAAGAAAACACCAAGAACUCGGAGACGACUCUUCCUUCUCUAUAUAGCACCGACGUCCUUGUUCAUCACCGUGAAGAAAACUUGAACGCGAGUUCUAACGUGUCAGCCACGGCACUGCUUCAGAAAGCUACACAAAUGGGUUCAGUCACAAGCAACGAUCCUUCUGCUUUGUUCAGAGGCUUAGCUUCUUCGUCUAAUUCAUCAAGUGCUAUCGCUAAUCACUUUGGUGGAGGACGAAUUAUGGAGAAUGAUAAUAAUGGAAACCUUCAAGGUCUAAUGAACUCAUUAGCGGCCGUUAAUGGCGGUGGAGGAUCCGGUGGCAGUAUCUUCGACGUUCAAUUUGGAGACAAUGGAAAUAUGAGCGGCUCGGAUAAGUUAACGUUAGAUUUUCUUGGAGUUGGAGGAAUGGUGAGAAAUGUAAAUCGCGGUGGUGGUGGUGGUCGCGGCAGUGGUCGUGGAGGAGUUUCUUUGGAUGGUGAAGUGAAGUUUCCUGAGCAAAAUCAUCCAUUUGGAAGAGGUUGAUAAUAUCUUAUUAUUGUAUAACUUAAUUAGGUAAUAAUUUUGUUAUCUUCGCUUGUUGUUUUCAUAAUCAAUAUAUAAUAUAUCUUUAGUGAGCUUUUUAAGUUUGGAUUUGGUUAGAGUUUGUCUUUUAUAUAAUAAAAGAAUGUAAGUUUG